GAUCAUAAACUGCGUAAAUACUGACGAGUAAAAACAAAAAAAUUGAGUCUAAUGUUGAAAAAUCAGAAUAAAAAUGAAUCAAGAAGUAAAAUUACAAACUCAAACGGAAAAACCAAAUCAUUAUACAUAUUUGAAGGAGUUUCGUGUCGAGCAAUGCACUUCGUUUUUGCAACAUAAAUGUAAUCAACACAAGCCAUUUGUGUGUUUUAAUUGGCAUUUUGAUAAUCAGCGUCGUCGACGGCCUGUUCGUAGAAGGGAUGGAACAUUUAACUAUUCAGCUGAUAACUAUUGUACAAAAUAUGACGAGACAAAAGGCAAAUGUCCUGAUGGAGAUGAAUGCCCCUUCUUACAUCGAACAGCUGGAGAUACAGAACGUCGCUAUCAUCUAAGAUAUUAUAAAACAUGUAUGUGCGUUCAUGACACCGAUUCGCGUGGAUUUUGCGUAAAAAAUGGUCAACAUUGUGCAUUUGCACAUGGUGUUCAUGAUCAACGUCCACCUGUUUAUGACAUUAAGGAAUUGGAAGCAUUACAAACUGCCGAAAGCGUUGUAGAGGCUGCAAACGGUGGACCGAAUAUUUUAGAUAAAGAGCGCAAUUUAAUGAAUGAAGAUCCAAAAUGGCAAGAUACAAAUUAUGUUCUAGCAAAUUAUAAAACAGAACCGUGUAAGAGACCACCACGUUUAUGUCGUCAAGGAUAUGCUUGUCCACAAUAUCAUAAUAGCAAAGAUAAACGACGAAGCCCAAGGAAAUUUAAAUAUCGUUCGACACCUUGUCCUAACGUCAAACAUGGUGAAGAAUGGGGUGAACCUGAUAAUUGUGAGGCUGGUGAUAACUGCCAAUAUUGUCAUACUAGAACCGAACAGCAAUUUCAUCCAGAAAUUUAUAAAUCAACAAAAUGUAAUGACGUACAACAGCAGGGAUAUUGUCCACGAUCUGUUUUCUGUGCAUUUGCUCACGUUCAAUCAUAUGGUGUCGGCGAUGAGCUACUUAAUUCCGACGCACCACCAGCUUUGUUAUCGGAAAUUAUUUCUAAUGUAAUGCCACAACCGAUGAUGAAAGAUGGAAAAAUGAAUAAUGAUUUAUCCUACUUUUCGAAAGUAUUACAAAACGGUAGCGCUGAAAGCUCCGAAUCUGCAAGUACAAGCAGCAUAGGUUCGAAUAAUAGUUCACACAAUCGAGCGCCAGGUGCACAAUUGCACCAUCAAAAGUCAGUCAAUAGCUCAUUAGCGCUUAGCAAUACUGUCAACUCAACGAUGAAUGGUAGCACAAUAAGUAGCUUACAAUCGACUAUCAAUAACAAUUCCAACAAUUCAAAUUUGUUGUCGAAUCCAUUUCAAGAAUUUUCACCGGAAGUAUCAAAACAGAUUUUAGCUAUUGAAAGUGACUCUUUAAUGAGCCCCAUAGAAAAAGAACGUAGGAAGCGUCAAUGCUUAUAUGGGCUAUCACAAUUUGAUAUUGAUAAUUCAAUAUCUGCUGGAAUUUCAUCGAGUAUACUUCACCCUCAAUCAGCUCCAGUAAACAUUCCGAAUUCACCUUUAACAAGUUCACUUGGUUUACUUAACAGCACAAAACCAGUAAAUAUUCCUUCGAACAAUUUUAGUCCCUCAUCUCAUACAUUCAUUCAUGGUGAUAAUUUCAUUCCGAUGAGUGGCAGUGGUGGUUCGGCGCCAAAAAUAAAUAAUAAUUCAUUUAGCCACAACGACAACAUAUUUAUGCAACAUUCAUCGCAUUUGGUGUCAUCAUUAAACGAUGGCUUAGGUUCAAUCAGUCCUGACUUGAGAAUAAAUUUUGAAUCACGAAUAUCAGAAAUGAAUCAAAUAAAUAAUGAUCAACACAUGAUGAACAAUUCAGUGACACAAUCGAACAGUUUGUUUGAUACACAUUUGCAAAAAUAUCCAAUAUCACCGAUGAUGAAUUCAUCGUUUAAUAAUGUUCGUGAUGAUUCUAUGAGAAAUAAUUUUGAGCUAUGGCGAAUGGAAAUGGAUCGAAAGGUCGCAAUAACUGAGAAACAACGUGAUGAAGCAUUAGGAACAGUCAAAGCUCUCAGUGAUAAAUUUGACAAAUUACAAGCUCAUUCAUUUAAGACAGAUGAGUUGAGGGGAAUGAAAAUCCAAAAGCUCAAAGCACUUCAGUUGAAAUUGCGCAGUGAUUUAGAGGAAGUUGAUAAGACUUUGUACGAUAAGACAGCAAAUUACUGCAUGAAGUGUGAAGAAAAUAUUCGAUCAGUAACAUUAGCGCCAUGUAAUCAUUUUGUUCUCUGUGAUGUGUGUGCAAAGGCAACACGUGAUUGUCCUUAUUGCCAAACGCUAAUUGAACGGACAAAUUCGACAUAAAAAAAAAAUUUCUAAUAUCAACAGAAAGUGUGAAACUGAUGAGAGGCGUUAAGAAAAGCUUGAAAGAAGCUUUUUCAAUCAAACACUUUUAAUAUGAAAAACAAAAAGUCAUCUUUGAAGUCAAAGAUGACGACUUUAAUGAAUUUAAUUAUUUUUUUUCCUUUCUUUAUAUAAAUAACUCUUUAUUUAAUAUUUUCUAUUUUUUAAAUUUACUUUUAUAAUUGGAAGAAACUUCACAGGGCGAUAACUUAGGAUUUGAAUCUCGUUUGGCUUUAAAUUAUUUCCUUCAAAAAAGAUUUCCAAAAAAAAAAAUACCACGAAUGGUUUAUUUAUAUUGUAUUUAAAAUGUCUCGCUGCCUAAAAAUAUUUUUAAUUUACAAAGCCUCUUAUUUAUUGCAGAAAGUACAAAACGAAAAACACAUUUUUUAUACUAAUUGCAUCCUAGUUGAAAGAUUGUAAAGUUUCGUUCCGUUCCAAAAAUCAAAUUCAUCUUCUCAUAAUUUCUACAAUAAACAAAACUUUUCCUUUAAAAAUUAAAAUUUUUGAUCGACUUUUAAGUUCUUCUAAACAGCAAAAAAUUUAUUGAUCCACUGAGGAAGAUCAUCGCAACAAUAAAUUUAGCAAGCAAACAAACUCAAGAAUAUUUAUACCAACACUGAGCUGUUGUUAUCAGUGUUAGAAAUUUCAGUUUUCACAAAAUUAACAAAAUUUUCUUAUUUCAACAUUGCAUUUAACUCUCUGUCGCUUUUAAAAAGAAAGAAGGAGGAAGUAUAAAAAAGUAUUAAUUGCCAUUUGCAGUUAGUUCUUAUCAAAUCUUGUGUGUUUUUUCCUUAAACGGUCAUCAGUGUGAAACAAAUAAUAAAAAUAAUAAUAAUAUUAAUAUUGAUAAAAAGUAUAAAAAUAUCUAAUCAUAA